AUGGAGCAAGAAAAAUUAUGUAAAGAUAACAUUUUAAAGAAGAAGUUUGAGAUGCUAAGACAACAAUUAUAUGCAGAGUCUUUAGCACGCUUUCAAGGAGGUUCUCCUUAUAUUUAUCCCCUGUAUGGUCUGGGAGAGCUGCCCCAGGCAUUUGCUCGGUUGAGUGCUGUUUAUGGUGGCACCUACAUGCUCAGCAAGCCAGAAUGCAAGGUAGAGUUCGAAAACGGAAAGGCCUUUGGUGUGACUUCCGAAGGAGAAACUGCAAAAUGCAAAAAAGUUGUAUGUGAUCCUUCGUAUUUGCCUGACAAGGUGAAGAAGAUAGGGAAAGUUGCCCGUGCUAUAUGUAUUAUGAGUCAUCCAAUCCCAAGCACCCAUGAUUCUCACUCAGUCCAGGUUAUUCUACCUCAGAAGCAACUUGGACGUAAAUCAGAUAUGUACCUGUUUUGCUGCUCCUAUUCCCACAAUGUAGCUCCAAAAGGGAAAUACAUUGCUUUUGUGUUGACAGAAGCAGAGACUGAUAAUCCUCAGGUGGAGUUGAAAGCUGGCACAGAUCUCCUUGGGCCUAUAGACGAAAUCUUCUUCGACACUUAUGACAGAUACGAACCUACCAACCAGAAUGAUGGGGACAACUGUUUCAUCUCUGCGAGUUACGAUGCUACGACACACUUCGAGACUACGGUCCAAGAUGUGAUCGCCAUGUACAGCAAGAUAACUGGAAAGACUCUUGACUUGAGUGUGGACCUGAGUGCUGCCAGCGCUGCUGAAGAAUGA